AUGGCGACGAACACUUCUUGGUAUCUAGCCCUACUAGCGGCAUUAGGCGCCGUCCUGGCAGCCAACCUCUCCCACCUCCGCGCCAUCCCCUUCCCCCGGUGGCGGCGAGUCGGAUCGCUUUUCGCCCGUCGGCCCAGGGGCCUCGAGACGGCGCCCGAGGCGGCUCCGCACGGUGCGGCGGCGGCGGCGGCGGCGGCGCCGCCCCUCAUCCUGCUCGUGCUGGGGGCGCCGGGGGUGGGCAAGGGCACGGCGUCGGCGGCGCUGCGCGCGGCGCUGCCGGGGGCGACGCACCUGUCGUACGGGGACCUGGCGCGGUACCACGACGGGAUCCCGGGGUCGUGGGUGAGCAGCUUCCCGCGGCGCGCGGGCGCGCGGGGCGGCCCGUUGCUGCCGGCGCGCGCCGGCGCCCGCCUCGUCUGCGACGCCGUCCGCGCCGGCGUCGCCCGCGGCCAGGCCGUCUGGGUCGUCGACGGCUUCCCCCGCUCCCGCGACCACGUCGCCGCCUGGGCCGCCGCCCGCCUCCCGCCGCCCGCCUGCGCGCUCUACCUCCACUGCCCGCCCGAGACCUCGUGCGCGCGCGUCCGCGGCCGCGCGGGCGCCUCCGGCCGCCCCGACGACGCCGACCCCGCCGGCGUGCGCGAGCGCGUCGCCCGCGCCCGCGCCGACAGCGAGGCGAUGCUGCGCGCGCUCGAGGACGCCGACGUGCCCGUCGUCUGGGUCGACGCCGCCAGGGACCUCGACGCGGUCACCCGGGAGCUCGCGAAGGAGAAGUGGGAGGCGGAACACCCGUUCGCUUCGCUGCCUCCGGACUACAUCACGGCGUAG